AAUUUUUUUGUUUUUCAUAAAGUUUUGAAUAGUUAACUUAAUUAGAAUUAAUUUUUAUUAUAUCAUGUCAGAUUCUAGAUUACGAAUACUUCGAAUAAAAACUGGAGUUGUGAAGCGACUGGCUAAAGAAAAAAUCACGUAUGAAAAAGAAGCAGUACAACAACAAGAAAGAAUAGAAAAAUUUAAAGAGCAAGGUAAAGAUGGACAUUUAAUUAAGAAACAAGAAGAAGUAUUACAAGAAUCACUUAUGAUGAUACCUGACUGUCAACGUAGAUUACUUAAGGCAUUUGAAGAAUUAAAACAGUUUAUUGAAUCUGAACAGGAUUUAAAAGAAAAUGAUGAGUACUUAGAAGUCAAAUUAAUGGAACAAUGGACAACAUUAGACAGAGAAUAUUUUCUAGAAGAAAAAGGGUUAAAUCUUAUGAUAAGAACUGGUAAUGAAGAAAAAGUGUUAAAACGUACAAAAAAUUUAUAUCAAGAUUGGGAAGUGGUUUUAUUCAAAGAAAAAAUAUACAUUAACUAUGAAAUACAAAAUUUUAAUGUUAUGGGAUACAUAUAUUAACAAUAAUGGAUCAGCAAUACCAAUUGGAUGGAUCAUACCUUUUGAAUCUUCUUGUAAUUCUUGGAAAAAAAUUAAAUAGUAUAAAAGUAGAAUAUGUUUGGAACUAUUUU